UGGUGUGGUCAUGUCUGGUCGCGGCAAGGGCGGGAAGGGGCUGGGCAAGGGCGGCGCCAAGCGCCACCGCAAGGUGCUGCGCGACAACAUCCAGGGCAUCACCAAGCCCGCCAUCCGGCGGCUGGCCCGGCGCGGCGGCGUCAAGCGCAUCUCGGGCCUCAUCUACGAGGAGACCCGCGGGGUGCUCAAGGUGUUCCUGGAGAACGUGAUCCGGGACGCCGUCACCUACACGGAGCACGCCAAGCGCAAGACGGUCACGGCCAUGGACGUGGUCUACGCGCUCAAGCGCCAGGGCCGCACCCUCUACGGCUUCGGCGGCUGAGUUGUGAGUUCAGCUCCAGGAAAUCCCAGUUUGCAACCAAA